AUGUCGUAUAAUCCGUACGCUUACGCAGCCGAGAAUGGUGGCAACAUGAAUUUAAAUGACAGGAUGCCGCAGGUCCCUCAAACUCCACAGGUCCAUCAUCAACAGCAACAAAAUAGUAGUUAUGUUCAGCAUCAACAGGCAUCAAAUAACAUGAGCAGUGGAAAUCCCUUCCAAAAUCCUGGAUCUUCAAUGGCAUACCAACUUGGCCACUCUGCUUUUUCAAACUUCAUUGGCCAGGAAAAUUUAAAUCAUUUUCAGGAAAACUUGACUAAAGCCACUGGGGAUUCGUCAAGUCUGGCACACUACUUCCAGGUCUCUAACAGCUACGUAUUCCGCAAAUUGAAGAUCAUUCUUUUGCCAUUCCUACACCGGAAUUGGCAGAGGCUUCCUGGUACUCAAAAUGGAUCUGGGUCGGGGCCGACGUUUCAAGUGCCCCGAAUUGACGUAAAUUCUCCAGACAUGUAUAUCCCUGUCAUGGGUCUGGUCACAUAUAUUUUGUGCUGGAACUUCCAGCAAGGACUGCAGGGCUCCUUUGACCCCAAAAACCUGUACCAGCGGCUCUCUACCACGUUGGCCUCUGUGUUGAUGGACCUUUUCAUUCUCAAAAUGGGACUUUUUUUGCUAGUUUCUGCAAAGUCUCCAACAACUGGAAUCAUUGAGCUGGCUUGCUAUGUGGGAUACAAAUUUGUUCCUUUGACACUGGCUCUGCUACUGCCUUCGACCCCCUACGUUGCAUCCCUGGUGGGCAAGAUUUAUCUACUAAUAGCCUUCGGAGUUUUUUUACUCAGGUCUGUCAAGUUCAAUCUUUUCUUGGAUAGCGGCAGUGACGUCCAUACUGUUAAGAAAAGCGUUGUCAAGAAGUGCAAUUAUUUUCUUUUUCUGUAUGGGUUUGUGUGGCAAAGUGUUUUGAUGUGGUUGAUGGGAUAA